UCCCUCCUCCCUUCGAUUUCUUCAUAUCCUACUUCCUCUCUCUCUCUCUCUCUGUCCUAUUAUCUUCUAAAAUAAUGGCAAAUGAGGCGAAUAUAUGGUUCACGAUGAUUGUGGUUAUGGUGAUUUUACUGUCACAGUCUUCUCUUGUUUAUGGAGCACCACAAGUACCUUGUUUUUUCAUUUUUGGGGAUUCAUUGGCCGACAAUGGUAACAAUAACAACCGCCGGACCUCUGCCAAAGUGAAUUACCAUCCCUACGGGAUUGACUAUCCCGCCGGACCAACAGGAAGGUUUUGCAAUGGCCGCACCACAGUUGACAUAUUAGCUCAACUUUUGGGUUUUGAGAAUCCCAUCCCACCAUAUGCAACUGCCAGAGGCCCAGAAAUAUUAAAAGGUUUGAAUUAUGCAUCAGGCGGAGGAGGAAUUCGAGCAGAAACUUCAUACCAACAGGGAGAUGUUAUCAGCUUAGAUCAGCAGCUACUGAAUCACAAAUUCACAGCCUCGCGCAUUGCUUCUAUUCUGAGAAGUAAACGAUCAGCUGGGCAGUACUUGAAUAAAUGCUUAUAUUCAGUCGGAAUGGGUAGCAAUGACUACAUUAAUAACUACUUCUUGCCUGAACUUUAUCCCACCAGUCGCCUAUACACCCCCGAGCAAUAUGCCACUGUUCUCGUUCAACAAUAUUCUCGCCAAAUCAUGAGUUUGUACGAGAGUGGAGCAAGGAAGGUAGCAUUGAUUGGAAUUGGCUUAAUUGGAUGCACUCCAAGUGCAAUUUCAGCGUUUGGUACAAAUGGGUCCGCGUGUGUUGAUAAACUGAACAGUGCUGCCCAAAUGUUUAACCAAAAUCUUGUAUCUCUGGUCGAUCAGCUCAACACCGAUUUGACCGAUGCAAAAUUCAUCUAUGUCAACAGCUUUGGAAUGGGCUCAGGAGACCCUGCAGCUGCUGGAUUCAAGGUUGUGAAUGUUGGUUGCUGCCCAAUAAAUAGUUUUGGUCUAUGUGCUGAAGGGCAAACUCCAUGCCAGAAUAGGAGUGAGUACGUGUUCUGGGACGGAUUUCAUCCUACAGAGGCCUUGAAUGUCAUCACUGCAGCAAGAACUUACUCAGAAUUCGACCCAUCGGACACUUACCCGAUGGAUAUCAGUCACCUAGUUCAGCUUAGCCUAUGAUAAUGGAUUAUAUUAGAAGCCAAGAAAAUAAAAUUCACAAGGAAAGUGAUCAACAAAAUGUUACAUGAUACAUUACAUAGGAUAACCACAUAUAUGGCAGGGUUCAGUUUACGAUUGAUAUGGCAUGAUAGCUCUUAAUGUAUUAAACCAAAUGUAUUUGGCUCUUCAAUCAUAUAGUAGAUUGGUUUGACGUGA